UACUGCCGGCUCUCCCGACCCACGGCGCGUCUCCUUGCAGCGACUCCGCCUCCCUCCCUGUUUUGGGGAGGGGGUGCUGCAGAGGAGGAGGAAGGAAGAGUAAAGGGACUGUUCCCCCUCCUCCCCCUCCCCCUCUCCUCCCCCUCCCCCUCUCCUCCUAUGGCUAGCUUAGCUGCUGCGCGUAAACUCCACACGGCUCCAGACUGCAGAAUUGCUGCCUGCUCCCCCUCCUCCUCCUCAGAGCCAGGGCAGUGCACCAGCCGAGCCAGCCCCCCCCUCCGAGCCGGCUCCACUCAGCUGGGCGCCCUCCUCCUCCUCCUCCUCCUCUCCUGCUGCUCUCCUCUCCUCUCCAACCCCCCCCUCCCCGCGUCCAAUCCAGCAGCCGCCUGCUGGCAUUUUGGCUCUACAAUCCCUUCUUCCGAGGAGCUGGAGAAGGCUGAUUUUCUGAAUCCCCCGCAGCUUUGGGGACCCCUCCUCUUCCAAGUUCCUGCCCUGUUUGCAUUCACUGCAGCAGAGAACAAACGACCCCCUCCUCCUCCUCAUUAAAAAUUAAUUCUCCGGUGUUUGCAUUUUUUUUUUACAGUUACACCUCCAGGUUUUACACCUCUUGUUGCAAAAGAGGGGGAAGAGUCGAUUUGGCACUUGGGUCCGCCGGACUCCUCUCUCCGCCGGCUGGGUUUGAAAACUUGAUCGCGGAGGAGGAGGUGUGUGCAUCGCGUGUGCGGACGGGUUUGGAACCCUGAGAUGUUGCCUGGCGUGGCUUACGUUUUUUUCUUCUGCGGAAGGGCACCUGAGCUGAAAUCCGGAGACUGAACCCUCUCUCACCCCCCAACCGCCCCGCCAGAUCAUCCCCCCUCCUCCACGCACCCCCCAAGGAGACGCGGUUUUGACUGGUGCCAAAGGAAUCCUGUUGAAAUGACUGGGAGGAUUUUCCGCUUGGAAUUAUGUGGAGGGCGAAUGCAACCCCCUUUGCACGGAUAAGCAUCCCUGCCUCCCCGGGAGGUGAUGUGGCGCCCCGAUCUCAGCCCUGGCGAUCGCGUCUUUGGAAAGCAGGAUGGAAGCCUCCCUUGAUGCCCGGCGCUGAGGAGUCUUACGAAAUGCCAAACUUUGCAGCAGCGGCUACAAUUUCUCACAUUCCGGGGCACGGAGUAGGUCAAGAUGGCACGAGCUUGCUGGAGUCUCCUGGUGCUCCAAGCGCUUUUGGCAGAGUUGGCCCUCGUCCAUGGGGCGGAGAAAAGUUAUCCCAUCCUGAACAUCGCCGUCAUUCUGGGGAGGACGCAUUAUGUAACGGAAAGAGACGUCCGGGUGCUUUGGACCAGGGAUAUGUCAGGCGACCUCACCGUCGACGUCAAUGUCGUGCCCCUGCUGGUCAACCAGACCGACCCCAAAAGCAUUAUCACCAACGUCUGUGACCUGAUGUCGGGCACCAAGAUCCACGGGGUGGUUUUUGGCGACGACACCGACCAGGAGGCAAUUGCUCAAAUUUUGGAUUUUAUUUCAUCUCAGACCUUUAUUCCAAUCUUGGGGAUCCAUGGCGGCUCUUCUAUGAUCAUGGCAGACAAGGAUGUGAUGUCCACAUUUUUCCAGUUUGGGGCUUCGAUCCAACAGGAAGCCAUCAUCAUGCUGAAAUUCAUGCAAUACUAUGACUGGCACGUCUUCUCUGUGGUGACCAGCACUUUCCCCGGCUAUCGGGACUUCAUAAGUUUUAUCAAGUACACUGUGGAAAACAGUUUUGUGGGCUGGGAUAUGCAAAACAUCAUCACCCUUGAUACGACCAUUGGUGAUGCCAAGACGACGAUUCAGCUGAAGAAGAUCCACUCUUCCGUCAUCUUGCUGUACUGUUCGAAGGAUGAAGCUGUUUACAUCCUGGAUGAAGCUCGUUCCUUGGGCUUGACUGGUUACGACUUCUUCUGGAUUGUUCCGAGCUUGGUUAGUGGGAACAUGGAAAUAAUUCCUACAGAGUUUCCCUCAGGGCUGAUUUCGGUGGCCUACGAUGACUGGGACUAUCGUUUGGAUUCUCGGGUACGGGAUGGCCUUGGGAUUAUUAUGACGGCUGCAGCAGCCAUGUUGGAAAAGUAUUCAUUCAUCCCUGAAGCAAAGACUAGUUGCUAUGGACAGCAAGAGAAUAGUGACCGGCCAUCUCACAUGCUACACAAGUUUAUGAUGAAUGUGACCUGGGAAGGCAGAGACUUAUCCUUCACCGAAGAUGGCUACCAGGCACAUCCCCGACUGGUGGUCAUUGUGGUAAAUCAAUCCCGGUCAUGGGAGAAGGUGGGGAAAUGGGAAAACAAAACCCUCAGCCAUAAGUAUUCAGUGUGGCCCAGGUUCAAUUCGUUCAAUGACAGCGACCCAGAUAACAACCAUCUCAGCAUUGUCACCCUGGAGGAAGCCCCCUUUGUCAUCGUGGAAGACAUGGAUCCUUUGACCGAGACUUGCGUGAAGAACACAGUGCCGUGCCGAAAAUAUGUCAUCAUUAACAACAUCACCAAGGAAGGGAAGAAUGUGAAAAAAUGUUGCAAAGGCUUCUGCAUCGACAUCCUGAAGAAGCUCUCCAAAGCCAUCAAGUUCACCUACGACCUCUACCUGGUGACCAAUGGGAAGCACGGGAAAAUUAUCAACAACGAGUGGAAUGGAAUGAUUGGCGAAGUGGUCAAAAAGCAAGCGGUCAUGGCUGUGGGCUCCCUCACCAUCAACGGAGAGCGCUCGGAGGUGGUGGAUUUUUCUGUGCCCUUUGUGGAAACGGGGAUUAGCGUCAUGGUGUCUCGGAGUAAUGGCACAGUUUCUCCUUCGGCUUUUUUAGAGCCCUUCAGCGCUUCUGUCUGGGUGAUGAUGUUUGUGAUGCUGCUCAUUGUGUCGGCCAUUGCUGUCUUUGUGUUUGAGUACUUCAGCCCUGUAGGCUAUAACCGGAACUUAGCGCAAGGGAAAGAUCCUCAUGGGCCGUCUUUCACGAUUGGGAAAGCUGUGUGGCUACUGUGGGGCUUGGUGUUCAACAACUCUGUGCCAGUUCAGAAUCCAAAAGGGACAACCAGUAAGAUCAUGGUGUCUGUCUGGGCUUUCUUUGCGGUUAUAUUCUUGGCAAGCUAUACAGCCAACCUGGCUGCGUUCAUGAUCCAGGAGGAAUUUGUUGACCAGGUGACGGGUCUGAGUGAUAAGAAGUUUCAACAACCGUAUGCUUACUCACCCCCAUUUCGGUUCGGGACUGUCCCGAAUGGGAGCACAGAGAGAAAUAUCAGGAACAACUAUAAGGAGAUGCAUGCCUACAUGGUGAAGUACAACCAGAAAGGAGUGGAGGAUGCCUUGGUCAGCUUGAAAACUGGGAAGCUGGAUGCUUUCAUCUACGAUGCAGCAGUGCUGAACUACAAAGCCGGGCGAGAUGAGGGGUGCAAACUGGUGACGAUUGGCAGUGGGUACAUCUUUGCCACAACGGGCUAUGGGAUUGCCCUCCAGAAGGGGUCACCAUGGAAGAGGGCCAUUGAUCUUGCACUUCUGCAAUUUGUUGGAGAUGGUGAAAUGGAGGAACUGGAAACUUUGUGGCUGACGGGCAUUUGCCACAAUGAGAAGAAUGAGGUCAUGAGUAGUCAGCUGGACAUCGACAACAUGGCAGGAGUGUUUUACAUGCUUGCUGCUGCCAUGGCUCUCAGCCUCAUCACUUUUGUCUGGGAGCACUUGUUUUAUUGGAAGCUGAGGUUCUGCUUCACUGGUGUUUGCACCGAUAGGCCAGGAUUGCUCUUCUCCAUCAGCAGGGGCAUUUACAGCUGCAUUCAUGGAGUCCAUACAGAGGAGAAGAAGAAGUCACCUGACUUCACGCUGACGAGUUCUCAAACAAAUAUGUUGAAACUCCUGCGGACAGCUAAGAACAUAACUAACAUAAAUCCAUCACGGAUAAAUUCCCCCAAAAGAGCAGCCGAUUUCAUCCAUAGGGGGUCCUUAAUUAUGGACAUGGUGAUGGACAAGGGGGAUAUGGUCUUCUCUGACAACAACAGGCCCUUUCCACCAAAGGAGAACAUCUUCAGUGACAACGUGGGUGACCUACAGGCUUUCAUUGGCAACCGUCACAAAGACAACCUCAACAACUAUGUUUUCCAAGGGCAGCACCCCCUUACACUGAAUGAAUCCAACCCAAACACAGUGGAAGUGGCGGUCGCGGCAGAAGCCAAAGGGAAUUCACGCCCGAGACAGCUGUGGAGGAAAUCGGUCGAAUCUUUGCGCCAAGAAUCUCUCCGACAGAGCUCUCUCCAGAGAGAAAAUGGUCCCGAUGAAAACCGGCAGCAUUCCUUGAAAGGCCCAAGGUACCUCCCCGAAGAGAUUGUCCGCUCAGACAUUUCAGACACCUCCAGCCGAGCCACCUGCCACAUGGAACCUGAAAACAACAAGCACCACAAGUCAAAGGAUAAUGUUAAAAAAAGACUUGUAUCAAAAUACCCAAAGGACUGUAGCGAAGUUGAGCUGACCUAUCUGAAAAACAAACCACCUCUGCCCCGGGAUAAAAUUUACAUUAUAGAUGCAGAUAAAGAAGGUGGCUUUCAUCUAGAUACACCCCAGUAUAUUGAGAAUAUUAUCCUUCCGGAGACAAUGGAGUUCUCUGACAUUUAUGAGGACCACAAUGACAACUACCGGAAGGCUGAGCAAACUAAUAGGACAACUUUGCCAAAUGAGGAAAGUCUUCCAAGUAGUGACCAGUACAAGCUUUACUCAAAGUACUAUAGCUUAAAAGAUAAGAAUGCUUCAUUUGGUGAAGCCAACGAUAGAUACAGGCAGACUGUCACCCAUUGCAGAAGCUGUCUUUCCAGCCUGCCCAGUUACGCCGGACACUAUUUGAGCCGAUCACCCUACAGGUGUGAUGCCUGUCUACGGAUGGGGAACCUGUAUGACAUCGACGAAGACCAGAUGUUGCAGGACACAGCCAACUCUACCCAACAGGAGGAAAUAUAUCGGCAUGACUGGGUCCAGAAUAACAAAGCCCAGCCUCAAAAGAAAAGCAAGCUGAAGAUUAAUCGGCAGCAUUCUUUCGACAAUAUCCUUGACAAGCCCAGGGAAAUCGACGUCGGGAGACCGGCUCGAAGCAUAAGCCUGAAAGAGAAAGAGAAGUUUCUCGAAGGCAGCCCUUAUGCAAACCUGUUUAAUGCUCCCCAAAGCAAACUCUUGAGCAACAAGGCACCACUUUUUACACGCACUCUGGACGACGGUAAGAGGAUCAAGUCCCUGUAUCCUGACUGUUCUGCGGAGAACCCUUUUCUGCACUCUUAUUACGACGACCAGCACUUGGUUCUCGGGCGGAGCCCUGUGGGCCUUUAUAAACAAUCGUUGCCCACAAAAGCGAAAAAUGAUAGUUACUCAAGGUCGUCGAUAAAAUCGACCACCUCGUACUGUUCCAGAGAUGGCCGAGUCCACGACAUGUACAUUUCGGAGCAUGGGAUGCCUUAUGUUGCAAAUAAGAAUAGCGUGUGCUCAACUCCAAGAGUUUUAAAUCCCUGUAGCAAUAGACGUGUGUUUAAGAGGAUGCCUAGCAUUGAAUCAGACGUUUAGCUUUUCCAUUAACACUUUUAUCUAUACGGAGACAUAGUUGCCAGCAUCUUAGAGGCAUAGAGGGUAUUCCUUAGCAAUCCAUUGGGAACUGGAGAUUUGUUAUACCUUUCAUAUAUCAAAUUAACAUUUCAAUGAGUUGAACAAAAAAAUCAGAAAAGAAAGGAAAGGGGGAGUAGGAAAUAUAAGAGAGAAAAAUACAUGCCUCCAAGGGUAUAUUUAUACUACAAACAUAUAUUGUUUUAUACAUAGUGGCUUUCUCCAAAAUAUCCUGGAAGCUGUAGUUUGGUGAUUGUGCUGAUUCCAUGAGUUGUCCAACUAAAUUCUACUCAGAGUAGAUCCUUUGAAAUUAAUGGGUAGUAUUAAUGCUAGUCCUACUCAGAGUAGACCCACUAAACUUAGUAAACACAAUUGACUUGGGUCCAUUCAUUCCAAUGGGUCUAUUCUGAAUACGACUAGCAUUGGGUGCAAUCCUAUGGGUUGUAUCUAACUGAGGUCUACUCAGCGUAGACCCAUUAAAAUGAAUGGGCCUGAGUUCAUCAUGUCCAUUCAUUUCAGUGGCUUUACUCUGAACAGGACUAGCACUGGAGGCAACCCCAUGUUAGUGAUCCGUAGCUUUGCUCACAAACCUGCCGUUCCCUAGGGAACGACCAUCGAACCACUUUUGGUCUUGCAGUGUAAAUACACCCUUAGGGAUCAGUUCACGUUUGGGCAAAAAUGGCCGCUCUUUACUAUCCAUUCGUGUUGAAAUAGCCCCAGUAUAUGCUGGCAACUAUGUUAUUUUUAUAUUAAGAUGGCUCUUUACCUUGUCCGUUGGAUUGUGUCCUUCUAGCACUUUCCACCCAGCGCAUUUCUGUCCUCCCAAACUUUUAUUUUUUAGCAGAGAAUAAGCAAUAUGGUAUGCAUGUACUAUGACACAGAACAAAGGGAGGGGGAGGAAACAAGUUAAGAAUGCAUUUGCACACUGACAAAGAUAAGAUUUGUGUAAGAGAUUAGUUAGUCUUUUUUAAGGGGAAAAAACUAUAUAUAGCUAUAUCUGUAUUAGUUUCACCUUUGUUUUUAAACACAGU